AUGGCAACCACGGCUCUCACCGGCUUCUCUAUGAUGAGCCUGCUCAGCCUCGGGUACCUGACCUGGGACCUGAUGAGUCCCAACCAGGUGGAAAACGAGCCCGAGCAACCAUUUGCGGACCGGUCUCCCGUCGCGCAGCCUCCUCACAUCAUUUUCAUCAUGACAGACGAUCAGGGCUUCAACGACAUCGGCUACCACAGCUCUGACAUCCGGACGCCGGCGCUGGACAAGCUGGCUGCGGACGGAGUGAAGCUGGAGAGCUACUACAUCCAGCCCAUCUGCACCCCGUCCCGCAGUCAGCUCAUCACCGGCAGGUAUCAAAUUCACACUGGCCUGCAGCACUCCAUCAUCCGGCCCCGCCAGCCCAACUGCCUGCCCUUUGACCAGGUCACCCUCCCCCAGAGGCUGCAGGAGCUCGGCUACUCCACCCACAUGGUCGGCAAGUGGCACCUGGGCUUCUACAAGAAGGAGUGCCUGCCCACUCGGCGCGGCUUCGACACGUACUUUGGCUCCUUGACCGGCAGCGUGAACUACUACACGUACGACUCCUGUGACGGCCCAGGGCUGUGUGGCUUCGACCUCCAUGAGGGUGAGUCGGUCGCCUGGGGUCAGAGGGGCAAAUACUCCACCCACCUCUACACGCAGAGAGUUCGCAAGAUCCUGGCAACCCAUGAUGCUCAGUCCCAGCCGCUGUUCAUCUUCCUCUCCUUCCAGGCUGUUCACACACCCCUGCAGUCUCCACGGGAGUACAUCUACCCGUACCGCGGGCUGGAAAACGUGGCGCGCAGGAAAUAUGCUGCUAUGGUCUCAGCUGUAGACGAGGCUGUACGUAAUAUAACGUACGCUCUCCGCAAGUAUGGUUACUACCAGAACAGUGUCAUCAUCUUCUCUACUGACAACGGCGGCCAGCCCUUGUCUGGCGGCAGUAACUGGCCGCUCAGGGGACGUAAAGGCACCUACUGGGAGGGUGGCGUCCGGGGUCUGGGCUUCGUCCACAGCCCUCUGUUGAGGAAGAAGAGGAGGGUGAGUAAAGCCCUUGUGCACAUCACUGACUGGUAUCCCACACUGGUGGGAUUAGCAGGUGGCAAUGAGUCCCUGACCCAGGGGGUUGAUGGGUAUGAUGUCUGGGAGGCCAUCAGUGAGGGGAAGGAGUCACCCAGGUUGGAGAUCCUCCACAAUAUCGACCCUCUGUAUAACCAUGCACGCAGUGGCUCUUUGCAGAAAGGGUAUGGGAUUUGGAAUACAGCCGUGCAGGCCUCCAUACGAGCUGGAGACUGGAAACUCCUAACAGGAGACCCCGGUUAUGGAGACUGGACACCGCCACAGAUGCUUCCAGGUUUCCCCGGUGGCUGGUGGAACCUGGAGCGCCACACCGAACCCCGGAAAUCAGUUUGGCUUUUCAACAUCUCCGGAGACCCCUACGAACGUUUUGACCUCUCUGAGCAGAGACCAGAUGUUGUCAAAGAGCUGCUGGCUAGAUUGGUGUACUACAAUCGCACUGCGGUGCCAGUAAGGUACCCAUCAGAGGACCUACGGGCGGACCCCCACUUGAACGGAGGUGCCUGGGUGCCCUGGGUAGGAGAUGAAGAGGAGGACAGCUGGGACAGCGUCUACCAGAAAAAGAACAAGGAUUGGAAGAAGAAGCUUAAACUGUCCAAAAGCAGGUCAUUUUUCAGGAGACUCAACACUAGGAUCAUGUCCAACAGGAUAUAGAAAGGACAUGACUUCAAAAGGUUCAGAGGAGACCCCCCUGAAGGACAAGGUUCUGUCUGCUGAUGGAACUUCUUGAAAAUGUGUUUGUCUUUCUAUUGAUAAAUGAGCAAAACGCGACUGAGUUGUAGCUGCAGGUGUAUGUUCGGUCUCUCUAGAGAACUGACCAGUGGAAAAUGUCCAGUGAAAGUUUUAAAUGUUCAACUGGUUUGUAUCCAUGUAGAAUAAAAAUGUGUGUCCCUAAGUUGAA